AUGGCAGGAAUACUCGAGAAACAGGAGACUGAGGGUAUAAAAGCGCAAAGACGCUCACCUAAACAGACUACCAGGACAAGACGCCGCUCUUCUUCUACUGUCCAAGUGAAGAUCUAAGCACUGCUGAUUCGACAUGUGGUCGUCUUCUCUCUUCCAGCCUUCGUUUAGCACACCGAUGGCAUUGAGAGUUCCCGUCAGUGCGCUGUGGCCUCAGACGCAGCUCAUUUGUGUUCAAAUGGAGAAUGAAAUGGCGAGGCAGAUGGACAACAUGAGGAGAAGCGCUGACCUGAUGAAUCAGCUCCAGCAUGUCUUACGGAGAGAGACACUUGAUGCAGAGACAGCUCCCAGCUCGGCUGCACGUAGAGCACCUUCGUGCAAGGUGGAAAAGGACGGACAGCACUUUUCUACUACUCUGGAGGUGGAAGACUUCACUCCCGAGGAGCUGACAGUUAAACAGGUGGGAAGGAAAGUCCUGUUGAGCGGAAAGAAAGAAAAGAAAGAGGAAAGCGAGGAGGGAUCCUACAGCUACAGGUACCAGGAGUUUAGACGAGAGCUCGAGCUGCCAGAAGACGUGAACCCCGAGGAGCUGAGCUGCUCGCUAAACAACGGACAGCUGCGCAUCGAAGCACCAAGGAUGGCACUGCCCAGUGUGUCCGAGAGAGUGGUGCCCAUUAAAAGUGACAACACGGGGUGCAUUAAGAGUGGAGAGGAGCAAAAGAAGGAGUGAGGAAUGGAAAGGGAAUGAGCAAAUGUUUCAAGUGGACGUUUCGUAAAAAGAUGCAGAAAAUUGCCUGCCAUUGCAUUUCAGUUGUAUUUUUGUUUUUCUGAGGCUGUUUUUCCUAUUAGAAGUUUUGCCUCUCACCUUUGUAAAUGGUAUGGGCUUUGUGAGGAGGGAGAAAAUAAAAACUUAAGUGUACUUUAAAAAAUAAAGUCCUUUUGUAGAUAGUUUGUAAAGCACUUUGCAAUAGAGAAAAGUUGAUAUACUGUUUGUGAUUACAUUUUUCACAAUAAUUGCAUUCUCCUUUCUCCUGUUAAUCUUAAAAGAUUCUUUUCAGUUAUCCAUUUUUCAAGUUUAUCACAUGGAUACAUGUGCGGGAUACAUGUGCAGUAAACCUUGCAUUUAUUUUUUUUUAUUUUUUUCCCGAGGCUGUGUUUCCUAUUAUAACGUUUGCCUGUUGAUUUUUGUAAAUGGUUUGGGAUAUAUAAUUGGGAAAACGUUUAUGUUAAAAAAUUAAUAAAGAUGUUACAUAAAAACAGAAAAUAGUUUGAAAAGAUCAUUGCAAAUAACACAAAGUUGAUUUACUUUUUUUGUGGUUGCAUUUUUCAUAAAAAUUGUGUCCUCUAUUUUCCUCUUAAUCUUUAAAAACAGAUUGUGUUCUAUUGUACAUUUCUGAAGUUCAUCAGUUCGUUGUUUGUAAAGUUUCAAAUUAACUAAUUAAUAAAAGUCAGAGCCAAACAGAAACUUGUGAACUGCAUACAUAAGAUGUGUUUGAUGUC